CUCAACGCCAGCCCAUCCGCGUCCACCGCGUCCACCUCGUCGCGCUACAAGACGGAGCUGCUGUGUCGGCCCUUCACCGAGAGCGGCCUGUGCAAGUACGGCGGAAAGUGCCAGUUUGCCCACGGGCCGGACGAGCUGCGGGAUCUUAACAGGCACCCGAAGUACAAGACUGAGCUGUGCCGCACGUUCCACACCAUCGGCUUCUGCCCCUACGGGAGCCGCUGCCACUUUGUCCACAACGGUGAGGAGGAACGGGGUCACUCCUUCUCGCGCUCGUCCUCCUCGUCCUCCUCCUCGUCGUCCUCCCUGAGCGUUCCGCUGCAGCCGCCCAUGUCCUCCCGCUCACACAGACCUGCUCUCGUCAGACAGAGCUUCAGCUUUGCUGGGUUUCCCUCUGUUCCCCAACACGUUCUCCAGCCCUCCUUUCCUGCUCGUUGUCCUCCUGCCCAUGCCUCUUUCACACACGCUCCCUCGGCCUCUCCUCCACCCCGCGCCGACGUCGGCGACCUCCUCUCCCACGCCUUCCUGGAGAUGGACUUCGCCUUUGAGGCGUCCCCGGCCCAGCAGUACCAGUCCCCCAUGGAGCACGUAGCGUCAGCAGAUCCCCGCUCUCCAUUCCUGCCUUCACCAGAUUCUGGCUACUCUCCGUGUGGAUUGUCUCCAGGCAGCUCCGCUUCGUUGAGACGGAGUCCUAACGCUUCCGGGCUCCUUUCAGAACCACUUGGUGCUCGGUCCCUGUCUUCCACGUCUCUGUCAGACCAGGACCAGGAUGGAAGCAGCUCCGCUGGCUCCCUCAGUGGCUCUGAAUCCUGCACUGGCAAUAAUGAAAGCAACAACAGACGUCUGGCAGUGUUUAGUCAGCUCUCUGUUCCUUAGGAUGUCACUGGGUUCAGCCUUUGGGCUGCAAUAUGCUUUAACACAAACACACACUCAGACCUUAGGUAAUAUUUGCAAUACACACACAUUGUGCUCAUCAGCUAUCUAUGAGUACACAGUUCCUUCACACACAACCCAUU